AUGGCUACCAUGGAGAGUGAAUCGCUUGCCGAGCGCAUUUUGCAAGAUCUCGGAAACGUCUUUAAGAAGGAACCACUUGUGAAGGAGUUCGACGUGGUUCCAGUAAGCAACUCGUCCUGCAAUCGCAGUCCAGUGGUGUGUGUGGAUGGUCAUUUGGCUCUUGGAAGCUGGUGUGUUCCUCAUGUGUAUAGUUACGCAUACACAAGGCUGAUUGAAGCACGCAACAACAUUGCAAGGCAUGAGAAAGAUGUUGUUCUUGGAUGGUCAAGAAUAGUUAUCCUCAUAAAUCCGGAUGUACAGCUUGCCUGGAAUAUCAGGAAAGAGCUCUUCUUGUGCAAGCAGACAACGUUUCACGAGGAGCUUCAGUUUUCUCAGCUUGUUCUGACACGAAAGCCAAAGUGCUCAGAAGUAUUCUCGCACAGGCGAUGGCUUAUGCAACACAACCUGCGAAGCUACACCACUGACCGUGCCAAUAACAUUCUACAAGAGGAGCUCAAGGUUUGCCUUGCCGCUGCCGAGAAGUACAGGUGCAACUACUAUGCCUGGACAUACAGGAUAUGGCUUAUGGACACCUUUGUCCAUGGUAACCCUCUCAUGCUGGAAUCCGAGAUUCAACUGACCCGUGAGUGGGUCCGCAGUCACGUGUCCGACUGCAGCGGCUUCCAUUACCGGCAGUACUUGCUGCGCCGCGUGGGAAGUAUUCCGUUGCUGUCGAAGGAGCUGGCCCUGUGCGAGGAGCUCUGCCUCUCGUACCCUGGCCACGAAGCGAUCUGGAUGCACCGGCGCUUCUGCCUCUGGCAUCUGCAUCCGACUGCCACGAAUGGGGAGACCCAGGCCAAGAAAGCUCGUGGUGCCACCAACUGGGCGGAAGCAGAGGAGGCCUUUCUGCAGCGAGCGUCGGGUUGUGGGGAAUGGCAAGACGAGUUGGUGGUGCGUCACGUUCGUUGGUUACGCAGUGUCCUGGGCUGGACGGGUACGGCACCGUGACUGCAGCAGUGCAGUGGCUCCUGCGACACGUGCUGGGAGAGAAGUGGCUGUGAUUUAUCGUCUCAGGAGAAAAGGUUUGAGCUCCUGAUGUAGUCAGAAACAAUAUAAAUGUCUGAAGGCAGCCGGAAGUUCGUGCUACCUUGCAUUUGCUUCCACUGUGACGGAUAAGUCUCAAGCAAGUCACGGGACAUUACAAGAGUGAAAUAACAGUGCUUGAUGUGUAGGUAUAUGAGCUUGGAAGAGAGAUAUGGCUGUGAUUUUAUCUUGGGAGGAAAGAAAAAAAAAGUGCUUUUUUUUUUAAUAAUGAGGAAUUUGACCAAAAAGCAUGGCGUCAGCAGCUACCAUAAAGGUAGUCAGAGGCAUGUGCAGUCGUGCCAAAGAAGUGCACGUAAUGGCUUACGUGCAGGAACAGAUGUAUCGGAUGCACUUUAGUCACAGCACUGCUCGACUACUGCAGUGGUGAAAUUGUCAGUAGUGCUACUUGUGUGUAAUCUUGCAUAAAGUACGAUUAUUGUAGUGAAUGUAAAGAACAAGAACUGCCUGCAUGGCUGUGUCAUUGUUAUCAUUUAGGUGUUGCUAACUGUGAGGUGUUGGCAUAUCUGGAGCUAUUUCACGUGCUCCUGCAAAUUGAACAUUACUGAUGUGGGCAACUAGCUCAGUUCACGUGAGCCAUUCCUUUUGCUAUGCUUUUGCUAAGCUUCGUUGAUGAACUUUCAGGAAUAUGCUAAUGAAGACUUUCAAACAACUUUAAUUCACUGAAGUCUUCAACAAAAAGAAAAAAGAAAAAAAAAGACAUUGACUACUUACCAAGAAGCUAGCAAAAAAAAUUUGGAACGGUGCCUAGCCACAUGGGAAGCCUUUUUGUUCUUUUUAUUUGUGGAUGGACGGGGGAAGGUGCAUUUUAUCUUUUUCUUAAACAAAUUUUAUCUAUAUGAAAAACACUGGCUUGUGAUAUGGAAUUUUUGUAUUCUUGCAUUUUCACUGCAUGCCUGAGGAUAAUGUAAACAUCGUAGUUGUAGGUAAAAUCAACCAGUUUCAAUCAUUCUUAGCUGUUGUUAAUGGUUUGUGUCAGACGUGAUAAGCAUGUCAUGUCCACUUUGAAGCAGAAGCCAAGAGGAAGGAAGUCAAGUUGAGUAUUGGGCAUGGCAUGUAGCUUUGCAUUUCCAAUGUUCUGAGCCAAAAGCCUUAAACUCUGCCACAUAAGUAAUGUGGUAAUGAACCUGCAAAACAAUAUUGCGUGUCGUGAUCAUGUGUACCACAUAAAAGAAAGAAAAGGUUACAUUCACAGGAACACCUUUAUUUCAAAAGAGGCACAUGAUCUCAGGCAGGCAACGAUUUUUGAAGUGUGAAGUCAAGCAAAGAUGCUCGUUGCAUGGAAAAUGCAGACAACAGUUCCCCAUUUUGCAAAUGGUUGACAAAGUCUCUUUUGGGUAUAGCCCAUAUUAAAGCAACGGUGGCACUGUUGUAUCCUUGGCUUUGCGCUAGUUUUGUCAUGUACAAAUAUGGACUCAUUCAUUUGGUUGAUGUGGUAACUUAUUGUCCAAU